AUGCACGCCCGUCCCGCCAUGUUCCUCCCGCCGCUGCUGCUCCUCCUGUUCGUCUCGCGCGCCGCGGCACACGGCAUGGUGUGCGAACCGCGCGCGAGGGCCGCAUACAUCUCCGACCUGUGCCCGCCGAACGGCAUCACCCCGCCGCCCGAUGUCGUCACGGAUUUCUGCGCACACUGCCAGAACGGCGGCCCUAAGGAUACCAUCAUGGCCAACUUGCCGCCCGAUGGGUGGAAGGUCUACGACCCGAUUGACGACUUUGAGUCUUCCGCGACGCGCGCAGGCCUGUGCGGAGACCCCGUUGGUGCCGAUGACCACAUGAUGGGAGGCAGCUAUAUGCCGUAUAAGGAGGUGCCCAUGACACAGAGUUAUAAGAAGGGCGCGGAGGUCGACUUUACCACCGAGCUGGAUACCAACCACAACGGCUACUUUGAGUUCUUUUUGUGCGACUUGGACGCGUGCGGCACGAAGGACAUCGAGAAGAAGUGCUUCAUGGAUGGCCACUGCCACCGCCUUUUGCGUGUCAAGCACCCGCAAUGCGAGAACCCGAGCCCGGCGACGCACUAUGAGUGCGGCCCGGUCGAUCCCACGUACCCCGGCCGCUGGUACGUGCCAUGCCGCAAGGGCGGACACGUCGGCAAGCACAUUGUGGGCGGCGACUCCGGCACCAUGCGCUACAAGCUUCCGGACAACGUCGAGUGCAAGCACUGCGUCCUGCAGUGGUACUGGGCCACGGCCAACUCGUGCGCCCCCAGGGGCUUUCUGGAGUACUUUGAGGCCUUCAAUAAUCCGUUCGGCACCGAGUGCGACGGUGAUGGAGGCGCCAAAGGCGGCUAUCGGGCGGGGAUGGCCGCGUGCGAGGGGAUGAGCAUCCCGGAGGAGUUUUGGACCUGCUCGGAUGUUCAGAUUACCAAGGAUGGCGAGAGCGCGGGGAAGGUCGGCACGGUUGGGGAUGGGGAGGGAAGCGAUGCCGAUGUCACGGCGGAGACUCCACCCCCGUCCGCUUCUCCAGUUGACGUUGAUCGUGUUGAGCCGGAGGGAGGUGAAACUCCCUCCCCGUCUGCCUCGCCCGUCAUGGACCCUAACGUUCAAACCCCAUCGCCGUCUGUCUCUCCGGUCAUGCAGAACGAUGGUGAUGCCGGGGAGACGAGAGUAACUCCCUCGCCGGCCAUGUCGCCUGUUGAUGAGGGAGGGACGAGGGAAGGUCCCCGGCCCACUCCGACGAGAGGCGCCUCCGGCGAUGGAAAGUGUCUGGAAGACAAGGCGGUUUGCGACGGGUCGGUCGAUUGCUGCGACCCCAACCAUGUAUGCGUGUACUGGGACGAAGAGGGCCAGUUUAUGUGUCACGACUGGCGAGAGUUGUGGAGUGUCGUGCAGACCAAGGUCGGCUACAUUUAACUUCUUGUUAACAUAACAUCCUCACAUAUAUCACAACAAGCCCAGUUCGUGUGCGUUUCCGUUGCUCGUCUACGCGACUGGUGGGAAUGACCGCUUCCCACUCAUUAACUGAUGUCAUCAUCGCUUUUGGUUGACCUUUGUACAAACAGCGGCUUUCUGAUCUGCCGUGUUGUAGAAACUACUGUAAAAUUCACAGAAAAUUCACAGAAAAUUCACAGAAAAUUCACAGAAAAUCACUCGUUUUGAUCCUUUGUUUCUAUGCGUGGCGGUACAGAGGUGCUUAAUGGUCGACAACUAUUGCUUAACCUUCAGAAGCUAUUCCGAGACUUUGACUUUUUCUCAUGGUCUUGCGUGCGUACUAGCGCAGACAUCAGACAGUUCACUGCAGUUUAAGCACAUCUUUCCUGUCAACUUCUUUCUUUAUCCCAUCGACGUCUUCCGGUGACCCUACCUUCUGAAUUUCGUUUGCGUUCUUAUGGUACUUUGAAUUACAGUACUAGCAGGAGCUGCGAUUUGUCGGAAACCCAAAGACCUAAACGCAGUUUCUAAUCACGAUACGUUAUUCUUUCUCGAGCAUCACGUGUAUGAGAUAUGAUAAAGGUCAGGUAGGGGGGUUUGCAGAGUCAGAAAAUUGAUAUAAUAAGGGUGGUGGUGGGCAAGAACGUGCUCUGUUAA